AUGGAUGCUUUAAUUCCUAACAAAUUUGUACACAAUACCAAUGAUGAAAAUUUGGAUAUUACAACAGGUAUUCCUUACAAGAUAAUAAACGAUGGGCAUUAUUUAGAUAACGGGGGAGGUGACUAUGGUUCUUAUGUUAUACUAUCUGGAUAUUCAUAUGAUCGAAAUGACUCCAAUUAUUCAAGGCAAAUAUGGUUCCUUGAAGAAUCGUCAAAUUUUGGAGAAUAUAGAAUUUCAAGUAAUGGAAAGUUUUUAGAUACCUUUGGAGGUGAAAAUGGAUCAGAAGUUCGCAUAAGUUAUAAAAAUCAUUUUGAUAGUCCUUAUUAUUCAAGGCAGCUAUUGUCUUUUUUAAAUCAGAAUGAUUCUAAAUCUAAAAAAGUACAAAUACAAAAUCUAUUAAAUAAAUGUUAUUUAGACAAUUGGGGUGCAUAUUCAACUGUUCAUUUUAGUUCCAAUAUUUAUAGUCCACGCAAUCCUCUGUAUUCAAGGCAGCUGUGGAAAUUUGAAACUUCUGAUUAUAAACUCAAUGCCGUGAUUGAAAAUUUUAAAUACGAUAAAAAGAUUAAUGAUUUAGAUUCAUAUACAACUAAAGUUUCUUCUGUUAUUUUUACCUCAAGAAAUUUAUCAUGUUGUAGUAAUUCUUGGAAGGCAGAAAUAACUCCUUCUGAAAAUACUCCAAAUAUUACAUCUUGGUCUUUUAAUAAAACCAAGGAGAUAACUUUUUUAGAUCAACUUGAUGUUGACGUAAAAGCCGAAUAUGCAGGUGUUAAAGGAACUUUUCAUGAAAUAAUCAAGUGGAAAAAUAAAUCAACUUCUUUAAACACUACUAAAAAACUAAAAUUAGAUGAGACAAAUAUUUCUGGAAAUUAUUUAAUAGAAAUUCAAAAUAAAGAAGAAGUUGAG